CCAUGACAAUUCUCUUAAGUACAGAAACUGUGAUGACAUGUGCAGUCAGACAACAUAAAAGACUCUGAACUCCUCCCAUGACCGCUAGUUCAGUAAGUAUAGUGAAACUACUGUAGGUAUAACCAACAUUAUGUUACAAUGGCUAUACUUUAGCAUUUUAUCACUCAACUGCUUAAAUGUUCUUUUGCACAGAUGCUGCAAAGUCUGUCAAAUCAGAUCACUGAUUUCUCAAGACAGGAAUGAGAAUUUGUCCAACAACAAAGACAAAAAUACUGAUAUAUUUGUCGCUGAUUUAUUGUAAGUGGAAUGGAUAACCGUACUGUUUCCUUUUACUUUAACCUCACCAUGUUUGUGAACAUUGGACACUACCGCUAUCCUGCUUUUGUUUUUUGCCUCCUGCUCUACAGCUUCAUUGUCUGUGCUAAUCUUGUCAUAAUACUGGUCAUAUCUCGAGAGAGAACUCUACAUGAGCCCAUGUAUAUUUUUAUUGCAUGUUUAUCUGUCAACUCCCUGUAUGGUUCUACUGGUUUCCUCCCCAGAUUCCUCAUGGACCUGCUGUCUGAUACUCAUUUAAUCUCUCGCCCUGCUUGUUUAACUCAGAUCUAUAUUAUUUACACAUAUGCAUCCUAUGAAUUGACCAUUCUUGGCAUUAUGGCAUAUGAUCGAUAUGUUGCUGUAUGUCAUCCUUUACACUAUCACAGAAAGAUGACCUCUAAAACUGUUUUUAAGUUGGCAGCUUUGGCUUGGAUUGUUCCAGCCUUUGGUAUUACAACAUGUAUUUAUUUGGCUGCCAGGCUUCCUUUAUGUGGUAAUGAGAUACAAAAAGUGUUUUGUGCCAACUGGAACGUUGUAAAAUUAGCAUGUGUUACCACUGUUGUCAACAACAUUGUAGGUUUGCUUUUGACCAUAGUUACAGCUUUCCUUCCGCUUUUUUAUGUCCUUUACACCUAUUCGCGAAUUGUGGUUGUUUGUUUGAAAAGCUCAGCAGAAUUCAAAGGGAAAGUAUUGCAGAGCUGUCUGCCACAUGUUGUUUCCUUUGUGAUUUAUUCUAUCACAGCAUUUUGUGAUAUUGCCUUGAGUCGGUAUAAUAUUGAAGAGAUAAAUCCAUACGUGGCUGUUAUUCUGUCCCUGGAGUUUGUUGUUAUUCCUCCAGUUCUGAAUCCUCUCGUGUAUGGCCUUAAAUUACCAGAAAUUAGAAAACACAUUUUAAGGAUGUUAUCAUGGUAUAAAAUAAUCUCUUAAAAAUGAUAAUUUAACCACCACAGCCUGUUGUAUGCCAAUGGUUUUAUAAACAUAGACUAUGGGAACACAUUAGUCUACAGGAGCUAGACUUAAUUCACUCAUUAUAUAGCUAAAGGAGAAUAGAGAUUACAGACAUACAAGAUGUCAUAUGCUCAUUAUCCUUCCAAUUAAUCUAUUAGG